UGACAUAAUAUUCACACAGCGAAAAAUAAAUAAUUGUAGUUGCACGGCUCGUCAGUUUCUCUCAUAUUCAUUCGGCAAAUUACAGGAGCUCGGCGCCUGCGAGACUCGGGGUAGGCCACCCCGCAAGACACGCAUGCACCGAAGGAGAACUUUUGCCUACCCAUCAGGCGCUAUGAGACCUUUGUAUGGGCAUGGGCUGAACUUGGUACUUUCUGGUCACAUCUUUUGUUCCAACAACAGAAAAAAUAUAUUAGAUGCAACGAAAGAUGCACGUUACAUCCAUAAAAUUUUGUUAAGCUGGAGACACAAUUAUUUUUUUUAUUCGAAUUUACGAAAAUUUUGUUGAAUUCUAAUUUUUAAUCUCGCCCUUUCGUCGGUCUUCACGCAGAAGCGAAAAGGCGCUCGCAUUCUCGGCACUCACCCGCGCGGUUUUCGCGCUGCGAUUGGCAACACUGCUUGGCUCGCGACUGUUAACGGCAAGUGCACAAGGCUAAGGGCGACCCUAACCUCUGCCGGCACGGUGCGCGGGUGCGCGGCCGUCCGUCCGCCCAUAGGAUGGCGACGUCGUCCAACAACACCGUGUUCCACUACGGCCAUCGCGACCACACGCUCGAGGACCUGAAGCACGAGGAGGUGUACGACGACCACAGCAUCCCGCUGACCGAGCUGUGCGCCCGCCUCGAGACGGACCUGGACGUGGGCCUGGACGAGGGCGAGGCGCGCCGACGGCUGCAGGAGAACGGCCCCAACGCCCUGCCGCGCAUCCCGCCGAAGGCCUGGUGGCGCCUCCUGCUCAAGCACGUGUUCGGCGCCUUCUCGGUGCUGCUCUGGGUGGCCGCCGUGCUCUGCAUCGUGUGCUACCUGGUCGAGGAGCACAUGCAUCCGGACGGCCCCAAGGACAACCUGUUCCUCGGCGUCCUCAUCCUGAUCAUCAUCGCCAUCACCAGCGUGUUCGGCUACUUUCAGGAGAAGAGAAGCGCGGACAUCAUAGCCGCCUUCCAGAAGAUGUUGCGGCCGUCGUCGCGGGUGCUGCGCGGCGGCCGUGUGCGCAGCAUGCCCUCCGAGGCGCUGGUCGUCGGGGACGUGGUGCACCUCGCCAUGGGCGACUGCGUGCCGGCCGACAUCCGCGUCGUGGAGAACACGGGCUGCAAGCUGGACUUCUCCACGCUGACCGGCGAGAGCGACCCCGUGGCCGUGACGACCGUGGCCACGGACAACGACCCGCACCGCUCGCUCAACAUGGCCUUCUUCUCCAACACGGUGGUGGAGGGGCUGGCCAAGGGCGUGGUGAUCCGCGCCGCGGCCGACUCCACGGUGGGGCGCAUCGCCGAGCUCACGGCCAAGAUCGAGCCGGGCGACACGGCGCUCGACAAGGACAUCAACUCGUUCCUGCGCGGAGUGGCCUACGUCUCGCUCGUGGCCAACAUCGUCAUCUUUGUGACUGCCAUGGCCCUCGGCUACACGUGGCUGGACAGCACCAUCUUCGUCCUGGGCAUGCUGGUGGCCACGAUCCCGGAGGGGCUGCCCCUCACCGUGUCCGUGUGCAUGUCGCUGGCCGCCAAGCGGAUGGCGGGCAGGAACUGCAUGGUCAAGGACAUGGAGGCCGUCGUCACGAUGGGCUUCACGUCCGUCAUCUGCUCCGACAAGACGGGCACGCUCACGCAGAACAAGAUGACGGUGGUGCGGCUGUGGUGGGAGGGCCGCGGGAUGCACGCCGCGGCCGCGGACCUGCCGGCGGCGGACAGCGACCCCGGCCUGGCCGCGCUCGUGCAGGUGGCGGCGCUCUGCAACCGCGCCCAGCUGACGACGGGAGGCCCGGGGCCCAACGGCAGCAAGGCCGUCGGCGACGCCUCGGAGGUGGCCAUCCUCAAGUUCACCGAGGCGCGCUUCGGGGGCGUCUACGAGACGAGGCAGCGCUACGCCAAGGUGUACGAGGAGCCCUUCAACUCCUCCAAGAAGUACCAGCUGUCGGUGCACGAGCUGCCCGGCGGGCGCCACCUGGUGGCCGUCAAGGGCGCCCCGGAGCGCGUCCUGGAGAUGUGCGACCGCGUACGCGUCAGGGGCAAGGAGGAGGCCCAAACUAUCACCCCCGAGCUCGCCGCCGAGGUGCACGACGCGUGCGAGAGCAUGGCCGAACAGGGCCAGCGGGUCCUCGCCUUCGCCAGGUCCACUACCGACGACAAGGCGUUCCCAAAGGGCUUCAAGUUCACGGCCAAGAACGUCCCCCGGAAGAACCUGGCGUUCGUCGGCCUCAUGGCCUUGGAGGACCCACCGCGCGAGACCGUCCCUGACGCCGUGGCCAAGUGCAGGCGCGCCGGGAUCAAGGUCGUCAUGAUCACCGGCGACCACCCCACCACGGCCAAGUCCAUCGCCAAGGAGGUGAGGCGGGGGGCGGGGCGGGCGGCAGCCGUAGGGUGUAGCAACCGCGGGGGCGCGGUGUGCUGUACAGGACGCACCUGCACGAGCAAUUUUACAGCACAUCUCUCUGACCGAACGGCCCGAUCGAGUAGGCAGCUCGCACGCACGCCUGGUUUGUCGAAUGGAUGUACCACCUAGUACUUAAAAAUUGUGUUGGAAAGGCACAGUUAGUUAGCAACGCAUGCAUGCGCGUGCGCGUUACCGGCGAAGCUCCGCGCCUCUCUCGCACAACCCUAGCUUCGCCGCUGGCGCGUGUUAACGUGGCCCGCAUGCCGGCGCCAUAAUCCUCAACCUUGGGGUGCGCGCUGGGCCGGGAACUCCGUCGGUGCGCCACGCGUCGUCGGGCUCGGGUUCGAAUCCUUCCUGAGGCGAGGUGUCCGUUUGUCGUCCCCGUGCGCCCCCGGGCGCGGGCCAGGUAGGCAUCUUCUCGCCCGACCAGAAGAUCGCGUCCGACGUGGCCCGCGCCAAGAAGGUGCCCGUGGCCGAGGUCCGCGCCGAGGAGGCUGCCUGCCUCCUGAUGACCGGCCCGGAGAUCGUCGACUACACGAAGGAAAUGCUCGCCGCGCUUCUAAAUCGCUUCCCUGAGAUUGUCUUCGCUAGGACGUCACCCACGCAGAAGCUCCUGAUCGUCGAGAGCUUCCAGAGCCUCGGACACAUUGUGGCGGUGACUGGGGACGGCGUCAAUGACU